UAGGUGAGAAGUGCUCGGCCCGCUUUAUCUGAGCGGUUUGUCAAGGCAGCGGCAGAUGCGCCGUCCAGCCUGGUUUAAGUCUGUUAAGUAAGAAGCCACUAGUCCAAUUAACGGAGGGGAGGCGGGGAUCCACACAUGCGGGCCGCCAGACCACCUCGCUGCCGCCCGGCUCGACGAUGGAUGUGAGCGCCGCUCCGGUGCACGGCGACGACGCGACACGACAGCCCGCCAUCAGCGAACGAGUCGGCCCAAACGCGACGCGGCGUCGCCAGUGAGAUGCCCGGGUAUUUCGGGCGGCCGUAGACGCGACCUGGGCUCCGACAGUAAGCCUCCAUAAGCUCCCGGCGAGCCGCUGCCACAGGCCCUCGGCGCGCGCGUCACCUGGCGACGCGGCGGAGUUUCCUCGGACUGCUCGCGGAGGUCGGUCGUUAACAUGGAAACGUUCGCCGAUGUGCUGCUCGUCACCGCAAACGUCGGCUCACUGUUCGACAAUCUGGGUGAAAUUCAAAGUGAAUGGUUACAAGAACUGUAUAAGACUAUCCACAGCCACAAGCCACAGUUCAUCGCCCUGCACUUCCAGGAGGUGGGGGGGAAGGACUACAUGGUUAACAUGGGCCAUGCAGAAAACUUCUUCUGGAGCAUUGAGUCCAAUGAGGAAAUGAAAGACUAUGACAGGGUCUGCAUCUAUGUGGACAACCAGUUCCAAGCGGAAGACGGCUUCACGGCUCUGGGGAGCAUGUACUUCAUCCACAAGACACUGAAAAACAUCUAUCAAUAUGACUUUAAUGUUAAGGAUUUUAAAGCAGUGUCAGGGCAGAACAAGUACGUGGGCCCUCUGGAUAGGGUCGCCUCAGUGGAGAAAGAAAAAUUCCCAAAGAAUUUCUGGCCAGAUUUCAAGUGGUCCAGAAAGGGCUUCAUGAGGACCCGCUGGAUCAUACACAACCAAGGUCUGGACCUGGUCAAUGUCCACCUGUUCCAUGAUGCCUCCAACCUCACUGCCUGUGAAUCCAGUCCUUCCGUUUACUCAGCCAACCGCAAAAACGCCCUCAGAUAUGUCAUCAACAGGAUAUCAGACAGCCGCUACACUCCGCUGCCUUUCUUCCUGUUUGGAGAUUUCAACUUCCGUCUGGACACACUUAGUCUGGUCCAGCAACUCUCCACCACGGCAGAUGUGCAGACAGUGAAGAAGGACAGCAGUAACGAAGUGGAGAAAAUCAUCUGCGAAGAAAAAGACAACGACCAUCAGGUGCUGCUCCAAAUUGAGGAGAAGCUGUUUGCCUACCUGCACCAGGCGUAUUUCAGGGAGGACAACGUCCCAUCACUUUUGAAAUAUGACAAAGAAGUCGCAGCCUUUCAUGAUGUUAUUAGGGAGGAGGACAUCACGUUUCCACCCAGCUACCCCUACAGUGAAGAGUACACUAAACCGACCCAGUACAUGAACACUCGCUGUCCCGCCUGGUGCGAUCGUAUCCUCAUGUCACACACUGCCCAAGAAUUCAUCCGCAGGAGAGAGGACGGUGAGAGGGGCGUUGUUUACAACACCGUGGGCCCUAAUGUCUGUAUGGGAGACCAUAAGCCCGUUUUCUUGUUCUUCUCACUGAAGACAGAUGACCAUUGACUCGACUUGGACUCUUCUCAAUGCGCGCGCGUGUGUGCAUGUGUGCGCGCGUGCAUGUCUGCUGCAGGUCCCAUCCUCGGAGCUCCGCCACAGUAUCAGUACCAGAGGGUAAUCAGCAUGACGGUUACCCACACAUCAGCCAGCGGCAGGGCUGGACUCAGUUAGCUUCCGCCGUCAACAUCCCAUCCUCACGUCACUGGUUUCUCAAAUCUGCUCUCACCGCCAUGUACCGUCGUCCACAGCUUUAGUGACCUGAGCACAUAUUUUUCUGCAGCUGUCAUGAAUUUCUGAGGGAGUUUUCCAGAUGCUUCUCACUCUCAGUGAAGUCCCCUGAGCUGAGAGCCCAGUGACACUGAGGUUGUUCCUACAAUUCCUGCUGUGUUUUGCUGAAUGAGAGCAAACAAUGAUGUAAAGACUCAAGUGUGUGAAACUGGACCAGGCCCUUUACAUGGAUGUGUACAUGCAUAUGCAAAACUUUCUAACAUUUUUCAUUAGAGUGAUUUUAGUUGUUGCAUUUUUGAAAACAUGCCUUUUGGUUUUUCGGUUUUUUGUUGUUUUUUUUUUACAGGCAGUGUCAGACAAACCCCAGCCAUUGCAUCACAAAUUUACUCAUUCUCAUUGUCCCUAAACAAUUGAUUAAAUGCCUCCUGUUAGUCAGGCCGUGAUGUAGCAACUGAACGGGACAGCUUCCAAUCAGUACGUUUUAAAUUAGCAGUUGAAUUCAGCCAAUCAUAAUCCAGUAUCAUGAAACAUAGAGUAAGAGACUUCUAGCGAAACAUUUAGAAGAAUAUUAAUGUUAUCAUGAGCCAAGGCGUAUGUAAAAAUUUGAUCAUGAAAACUAAAAAAUAUGGGAUCUUUAAUAUCAAAUAUUGGACAUCUGUCCUACUGACUAAUUGUGUAUGCUUUCAUUUUGUAUUUGAUGCAAUUUUUAGUUCUGGUAUCUAUUUUUUUUUUUCUCUCUCCACAGACCCAGUAGAGGAAUGCUGCUAUCUCAGUUUGUAGUCGACAUCUAUGGCCAGAUGUCCUCUGUAGAUGUCUUACUGACCUUUUGGAAUUUUUCGUACACGUAGCUACUUCACACACAGCGGUUUUAACUGUGUCAGAUGUCUCCUGAUUGCGUAGCAAAAUCAAUUUCAGAAUGGGUUUUGAUAAAUGUGUAUGAAGUUUUUAAUAGUGACAUUAUUAAGAAAUGACACUAGACAGUCAGAACAUUUUAAAGCAACAGGGAACCAACUGUAACUACAGCAGUUUUGACUGGCUAUGAAUGCUGUGGUAGGGGCUGAAUUUAUUAACAUAAUGCGGGAACAGAAUCUUUUACCCUGUUGAAUUUAUAGUGACAUUCUUUCUCUGGACCAAAUGCAUAUUUAUACCAAGUGCUUUAUUCCACAAGCUACAACUCAGCAGUUCUCAGUUUUUUUUUGUUUUUUUUUGUCAGUUUUAGCUGUCCUCACUCAGAGAAACCCCUGUUCUGGUUGGCAUCGACCUUCUUUCAUUGCCAAAAGAAUUAUACUGUAGGCCUCGUGUGUUUACUUCUAACUGUAGUUAAGGAGUGUGGAUGUUUGAGUCAAACGGCGUCACUAAAACUUCCCAAAAACCCGCAUAUAUACACGCGUGCACUCACACACAACACAAAAGUUUGAUUUUGGAUUUCUUCGAUUUUUGUCUUUUUGUGUUUCCUUGAUUAUUAGCCUCAUACUGUAGCACCAACGCUGUAAUAUAUUUUUGACGCGUGGAUUAUCGGUUUGAUUUUUUUUUGUCCGGCUUCAAUAAUGGCGGAGACAAUUUAAAAUAUGUUUGUGGUUUGUUACUAAUUGUACUUUGAUUUUUUUGAGUGUUAAAGUUUUUCUUAAACAGCACCCAGUACACAUUCAUAAAAAAAUACUUUUUCAUGCAUACCUUCACAGAUAUUCAUAUUAAGUUUGGUCAUAUUUGUACAGAGGGACCGAGGCCUCGCCACAAAAGGAUUCAGUUAUGUUUCAGUGAUGCAAAUGUCUGUGUAGACUGAGAACAGUUUGUAAGUAAUAAACUCUUAGCGAUUCAUUGUUGACCAGUCAUGGGAGCGGAGUUGGUUAUAAGACCAGUAUUACUUUUCAAUGAACUCUGGUCCAACACUACAUCAUUGUGAUAUUUCACUUUUGUAAAUAAAAUAUUGCCCUAAUAAAUUUGUUUCAUUAUUAUUUAUUGGCUUUAUGGGCACUCUGCUGUAAAUGCAGUCUGCAUUGCAACACAUAGGCAUUUUGAGAUUGACAGAUUUGGCUUUCGGGAAGACCCACUGUCAUCAUGUUAAAAUUCCGUUCAGUCAGGCCUAUCUGGGGAAACGCCACGUGAAAGAUGUGAUCAUAUCCACCAGCAUUCUCAUUGGUAUCAUUUCCCCCACGGAUCUGACGGACCUGAAAGUGUUGCAUGCGACAGGCUGCAUGUUCCUAAAUCCUGUCUUUCUGGAUGUAGCUGACUGUAAUUUCACUGAUCUUAAC